CGAACAGCACGCAUCGAACGUGGUCCAAUCUUGCAUUGAAAAAGGAUGGCGCUGCCCAGCGCUGGGCGGUUCGUCGCUGGUGCUGGUGGGCAAGCUUGGUACGUAGGUAGUCACAGAGCGGACCUCGUCCGGGCCCAGCCGGAUCGCCCGACACCGACACAGAGAAACCCGAACAGGACAAGGCGGCUUUGUUGCUUCCCUUGACCCACGACGCCUUGCGGAGUUGGCGGAUACGCACUACUGAAGAACCCCUGCUCCCUGCCGGUGGGCCAACCGCAGAGCUGAGGGGCAAGAAUCGAUAGCCCGAGUCCACGAUGCCUUCAUCACCGUGGGACAAUGUGGGAGCUUGGACUCGUGGCUCGUGCUUCCAGGCCAUUGAUAGGAAUUUCAGCUGCAAGAACAGCGCCCAACCUGGGUGAUCCGGACGGGUGCCCGACGCUCGCGACGACAGACCAAGCUGCAGUGUGGUUCGCACAGCAGUACGAUAUCCCACGGCGCAAUCUGGUUCCUGGCCCAGACUGCGUCCAUGGUCCCUGACAAACAGUGUUCCUGCAUUAGCGCCAUGCGGCUCAACCACGUCAUGUGCUGGACCCUCGGAGGUUUCCUGUAUCGUCUUCUACACAUGGUGUUGAACAACUUCGCUAGGCUCCAUCCGGCCGAGUCAAGGGACGUUCGUUGGGCGCCUUCAUCCCAUCCUGCCCGGCCCCUUUUAGCCCCAUGGUUGGCACCCACUCGGGACAUCACGCCGUGGGCCUGGGCUGACGUGCCCGGCCCUACGGCCUGCUCUUGUCGGCGGCAACUCCUGGUCGAGGUCUCCAAUACUGCUGGCUCCGGGUGGGAUAACAUGCCGCCAUUGGACGCCGCGCGAGAUCACGCAUGGGUGGUGCUAGAUUAUACCCGAACGGCCAUAGAUGCACAACCGCCACAUUCCACUGGCCGUACUUCGUAGGCCAGUGGGGUAAAUCACAGCCCUGCUCUCGGCUUGACCGCCAUGGACAAUGGUGGGCGAGUCAGCUUCUCCUAGGCUGCGGCUCCGGACGCUUCGUGAGAUUCGAUGAGGCGGCUCCGGGCGGCUCCUCAAAACUAGACCCUCUCGCCCGACUUUCUCUCCCUGGCCCUUCUUUCUCGAUCCGUAAAACUCUAUGGGACGUCACUCAUUCCGGUGCCCAUCAUAAAAGGCCCUCACAUUCGUUCUCUGACGUGUGUAAACGUCAAGUCACUCUUUUCAGUUUUGUCCUUCCAGUCUCUCUUUGAAAUAUCGUAAUGUCUUCUACAAUCCUUCGCCUUGGCGUGGCCGCCUUGGCCUGCGCUGGUGGCGCUUUCGCCGAGAAGUGGCAGCUCCAAGACGUCUACAACUCCAAGAACUUCGUUGACAACUUUGAUUUCUUUACGGUAUGGGCCUGAGGUGCACGUAUAUUACUGACACCCCACUUACACAUGAGAACAACAGAAUUCGGACCCUACCCACGGUCAUGUAACCUACCAGGGCAGGGCAGACGCCGAGAAGAAGGGGCUCUUCUCUACCAGCGGCGGUGAGGUUUACCUGGGCGUCGAUGCCAAAACGAAGCUCGCCGACAACGUUAAGCGAGACAGUGUCCGAGUCUACUCCAAGUCUGUUUUCAACAAGGGUCUCUUCAUCGGCAGGUUCAACCACCUCCCCGAGAACACGUGCGGUGUCUGGCCUGCUUUCUGGACCGUUGAUGACACCACAUGGCCCUAUAAUGGCGAGGUCGACAUCCUCGAAGGAUGGAACACGGAUCCCUAUAACAAGCCUGCUCUCCACAUGGGCGAUGCCGCCAAGUACGGCCGUUGCAACAUCGACUCUGUCAACACAACGGGCGAACUCGUCACCAGCAACUGUGACAAUUUCUAUCAGAACCCGCCUUACCAGUGGCAGUACCAGGGCUGUGUCGUCAACGACAAGAAGGGCCCCUGGGGCAGCGACAAGGGCGGCGUCUUCGCCAUGGAGUGGACCAAAGACUUCAUCAAGGUCUUCACGUGGAACAGCGGCCAAGAGCCCGCCAACAUCGCGUCCGAGACGGUCGACACCUCCACCUGGGGCCUCCCGGUGGCGGCGCUGAGAAGCGACAACUGUGACGUCGACGGCAUCUUCAAGAACCAGCGACUCGUCCUCAACAUUGCCCUGUGCGGCGACGCCGUGCAGCCCAACUGGGCUAGCUGCCAGGCCUCGACCGGCGAGUCGCUCUGCUCGACCUACAUUUCUCGCAACCCCGAGGCGCUCGCCAACGCCUUCUUCAAGAUCAAGGACAUUCGCGUCUUCAAGGCUGCGUCGCCUUCCACAACGACGACUGCGACCACGACUACGGUGUCGUCGACUACCUCUGCCACGACCAAGGCGUCGUCGACUACCUCUACGACGACCACGGCUUCUUCGACGACCUCUACGACGACCAAGGCUUCGUCGACUACCUCUACGACGACUAAGGGGUCGUCGACUACUUCUGCCACGACCACUGCAUCGUCGACUUCUUCCGUCACGACUAAGGGGUCGUCGACCGUGACGACCAAGACCUCCACCGGCACGAGCAACACCAGCACGAGCAACACCAGCACGAGCAACACCUCAACGGCCACUUCGUCGACGACGGUCUCGACUUCACCUUCUUCGACCAAGGCUUCCUCGACCCAGGCAACUUCGAACACCCUGUCUUCGACCGCCUCCACCAAGACGACGACUUCGGCCUCUACCUCUUGCACGUCCGAGACAACAUCUGACGAGAACAACCAUUCUGCCACCUCAUCUUUCACUAGGACCCAUCAUUCCCACACCAGAUCCAUCACAUCUGAUUCAUCCGUGUCCACGGCCUCGGCCUCGGACUCUUCUAGCGUGCAUGCUUCUUUCACGAGGACAAUGAAGCAUAGCUCUACGGUCGAGUUGACCACCUCUACGGUCUACACCACGAGGGUCCACACAGUGACCAAGUGCCCGCCUCAUGUCCCUUGCCCAAGUGGCGGCUACGUUACGACCGAGACUAUUCCGCUGUAUACGACCGUGUGCCCUGUCACUCCCACUACCACGCCCGCGCCGUCGGCUACCUCAAGCUCUUCGGAAGAGAUGACCACGUCUACCGUAUACACGACGACUGUCCGCACCAUCACCAAGUGCCCGCCUACGGUUCACUGCCCCACGGGCGGCUACGUUACGACCGAGACGAUCCCGCUGUACACCACGGUCUGCCCGGUCACUGCUACUAAGACGGACUCGCAUGAGCCGACGACGGCGGUGCAGACCAACAAGCCCGCCCAUAGCCAAGGCCAGACGACCAUCACCACCAAGGUGACCAAGAUAUACACCAUCACGAGCUGCGGGCCGACCGUGACCAACUGCCCCAUUGGAAAAGUCACUACGGAGGUCAGCACAACGACGUACUGCCCUGGCGAGCAGACGGGUGUUCCCACCGGUCCUGGCGCGAUUCCUGUGUCCGAGGUUCCGGUCCCUCCCAAGAGCCAGGUCCCCGUCGUGUUCGAGACGCACACCAUCCCGCAAGGCGGGCGCAACUCCACCGGCGUCUACAAGCCCACCGCGACGGCCCCCGCGCCAUGCGUCGGCCCCGCGUGCCCGCCCGGCGGCAGCGGCAGCAGCGUCCCGACCGACCGCAUCCCCCCUGUCCAGACGCCGGGCGGCAACGAGGGCUGCACGGGUUCCGAAUGCAAGCCUCCGGUCGUCGUCGGCGGCGCUGGCAAGACGGCCUUUAGCGGCCUCGCCGUCAUGGGCGCCUUGGUGGCCAUGAUAAUGUAGAGAGAUACCGCGUCGGUUUCAUAGCGCACGAUUUCUGGCUGUUGCGAAGUGCGUUUUCAGGGGGCCGGGGGUUGCGAUUGGGUUGAAGCAUGGAUACCAUAGAGCUAGGGAAUCUGCCGUGUAGUGUGGGCUACUAACUUAGUGCUUGGAAUUUUCCAUUGAUGGUAACUUUGAUAUAAUUUGUACUUCAACUUAGUUCUCUUAUCGGGAGAGAUGAUAUGUAUGUGAGGUGGCUUGGUGCUCCGAGACGCAGGCAAGAGGAAUACAGCAGCUUGACCCUGCUGCGAUACUUUUUCCUCUGCACCUUGUCCCUCUUCAUCUCCCUCCCCUUUAUCUGUACCUCUAAUGCUACGUACCUUACCCCUUGAA